CGUCAGCUUUCGUUGUGACGUCAGCAGGUCAGAGUUGAACAGUUGGUUAGGAAACAUGCUUUUGUAACGUAACCAACCAAUAACAUCCAGCUCCGGCUAACGUUGCAGCUUCCCCCUCGGCUUCACCUUUCAAUGCAGCACCAGUCCACCGCCUACUGACCGCUAGACCUUACAACAUGUUACUUUCAUCAUUACGUACAAGCAUCUUUUGCAGUUGCAGAAGUGCUGGGAAAGGCUUUCAACAAAGCGCCCGGCGUCCCCAGCUACGACAAUGGCUCGUGAAGAGAGGGCAGAGCACCGUCACAGUAGAGGCGGGGGCCUCCUCCGCCCCGGCAGCCGUCCCAAACGCAGCCACAAAUCGCAUCCUGGGCCGCUGGUUACUCGGCUGCAGUGGGCUGGUGGUUGGGGCUGUUGUCCUGGGUGGUGUCACAAGGCUAACAGAAUCUGGGCUUUCGAUGGUGGACUGGCAUCUGGUGAGAGAGAUGAGGCCACCUCAGUCAAAAGCAGAGUGGGAGGCUGAGUUUUCCAAGUACCAACAGUUUCCUGAAUUCAAAAUAAUGAACCAUGACAUGACUCUGCCAGAGUUUAAGUUCAUCUUCUACAUGGAGUGGGGUCAUCGUAUGUGGGGAAGGCUGGUUGGACUUGCGUACGUCCUCCCCACCGUUUACUUCUGGAGGAAAGGAUACUUCACUCGCUCCAUGAAGGGAAAAGUGCUUGGGCUUUGUGGAUUUGUUUUCUUCCAGGGCCUUUUGGGGUGGUACAUGGUAAAAAGCGGUCUUGAGGAUAAGCCGGAGUCACAUGACGUCCCGCGGGUCAGCCAGUACCGUCUGAGUGCUCACCUUGGCUCCGCCCUGUUGCUGUACUGCGCCAGUCUGUGGACAGGACUCACCAUGCUGCUCCCCGCACACAAGCUUGCAGAAACCCAACGCAUCGCGCAGCUCCGGAGGUUUGCUAAGGGUACUGGUGGACUCGUCUUCCUCACUGCCCUUUCAGGUGCCUUUGUUGCUGGUUUGGAUGCUGGUCUGGUGUACAACUCCUUCCCUAAAAUGGGAGAGCGGUGGAUCCCGGAUGAUCUGCUGGCGUUCUCUCCAGCCCUCAAGAAUGUCUUUGAAAAUCCCACGACUGUGCAAUUUGACCACAGAAUUCUAGGGAUCUCUUCUAUGACUGCAAUUACAGGCCUGUAUCUGUUCUCGCGGAGGAUGAUGCUGCCCAGGAGGGCUAAGAUUGCCAUCAGCCUCCUCACAGCCAUGGCCUAUGGACAGGUUGUCCUCGGUAUCAGCACCUUGUUGCUGUAUGUGCCCACUCCACUGGCAGCAGUUCACCAGUCUGGAUCAGUAGCUCUUCUUUCACUGGCUAUUUGGGUUCUGGCAGAGCUCCGAAAGAUGCCCAAGUAAAUGCCUACUGCUUUAUAGACAAAGCCAAUCCCUACCAGCCACACCUCAAGCCUCUAAGAGCCAGCUGUCUCAUUAUGAUGAAGGUCUUCAGAAAAAUGUAAAAAUGUUUUAACAUUCGACUACUAUGCAUAAUUACAUAGAAGCAUCUCUCCUGUAGUGCUGCAAUUUAGUCCUCAUGUGGCGACAUUGAAGUAUUUCAGGACUCUGUUAUUAAAGCAGUGCUGUGAGUGUUGAUAAUUACAAGAAUACAUCAAGGCUGUCAAUGGAGAACAGUCUGAAGCAUGUUAUCAUCAGAAGAGGACACGCUAAUGGGAUGUGUUUUGUUUAGCAAGGGAUCAAACACACAUAGAAAAGACAGGUACAUUUAAGUUUCAAUCCUGCUUUAAUAAGUGUGUGAAUAUGCGGGUUAUAAAUUUGGGUUACAGCUAACCAAAAUAUCUUGACUUUGUCAUUUUGAAGGGGUGGCUCUCCUAUUGCCUUGUGUGUAUGUGACCAUCCACAGCCUGUUAGUUGAAUCCAAUGUGGCUGCUGGGAUUAGUGUAAAAUAAUGUAUAUUUAAGUUAUAAACUAUUUCUUGCUGACCUGAUGAAUAACGUAACAAUAUUGUAAUUCUUUCUUUGAGGAAUUGUAAGGCUAAAAGCACUGUCCUUUAAUAAAUUUUAUAUACCAGUUCUCA